CUGUGGGCCCACCGAGAUGAUUUAUAUUAUUUGAGUUUGGUGCUACACCGCUACAAGCACCUUAUGGUAACCAGGUGAGGGCAGAGGGUGCAGUAAGUACUUGGACCAGUCUUCAGAUCUGGAUUCAGCAUUGUGGUUAGUUGACGUUGUGGCUUUACCGAGCUCAAGGGUUAUAUCCAUUUCGAGUUGAUGGGGGAAACCAGAGGAAACCCAUCCAAACAUGGUUAAACAUGCAAAGUCCAAAGGCCACACCUGAUCAGGUGUGGUCUUGAUAUGUUGAGAGAAUCUGAAAAGGAGAGUGAAUGUCUGUGUUGUUCUGCUCUAUAAUGGGCUAUUAGGCAGGAUGUGGCCUGCAGUAGGUCCAAAGAAGUUGGGGUAUUGGUGUAUAAACUUGAAUUAGACCUCUUUACUGUUUAUUAGAUGAGGUCAGCUCAAAUCACUGCACGCGUGUCUCUGGGUGUGUCAGGGUUGGGAGGAUGCCCUGUCUCUGUAGCACCAGGUCUUUGCAUACAAAUUUCCAUAUAUUCCAUCGAUGUUGGGGAGGGCCAGAGGGGCUCAUUUAGAUUUGCUCUGUCACUUGACUCUGACUCAUUUCCAAACAAUCACAACUCCAUCUUCAGACUGGCGGGAUCUUUUAGUCCUUCUCCCUUCGUAGAGGAACACGAAGAUGGCAAUAAAGGUAGGUUGUGUUGCUUUCCCAAGGAUCCACUUGAAGAUGUUGAGAGUUGGAGUGAGUCAGUUGACAAAGUCUUGGGCUGUAAAGCUGGACAGAUAGCUUUCCAACAGUUUCUGAAAUCGGAGUACAGCGAGGAGAAUAUACUGUUUUGGCUUGCAUGUGAAGAUUACAAAAAAAUUAAAUCAGCACCAGAAAUGAUAUCCUCGGCCAACCGGAUUUACUCAGAGUUUGUGCAGACAGAAGCGCCCCGACAGAUCAACAUAGAUUGGGGCACCAGGGAAAGCAUAGGCAAAAACAUCUCACAGCCCACCUUGAAUUCAUUCGACACAGCUCAGAAACUGGUGUACAGUCUGAUGGCCCGGGAUUGCUACCCACGCUUCCUCAAAUCUGACAUCUAUCAGGGACUGCUGAGGAGAAAUGAAUCCAGGUGACUGUUUCAAACAAGAGCCGGCUAAAUAUUAACAGUCAGCAUGAGUUUUCCUGUACUUCUGCCUUCGCCUAUUCUGCUGUAGCACCCUUUUAUUCCAGUGUGGAUAACAGGUUUAUGCCAUACAACUCCAUGUAGUGUGACUCAGUAGACAGACACCCAACACUUCAGUGGAAUUUGUAUGUUGUACUGUAUAAUUAUUCCCCCUAUACAGGAUCAUUUCUGUUUGUAAAGUAUUAUCUACACCUUUGAUUGAAGACUAUAACUAUAACUUCUCUUAUAUCUCUGAAAAAUUAAUAUUUUACAAAU